AUGGUGACAGACGCGGCCGCGAUGGCGGUCGUGAAGGCCGCGCGCCCCGUCUUCCGCGGCGCCCACGACAGCGUGGCGUUCGCCGCAAACGCCGCGUUCCUCGCCGCGGGGUACUCGCUCUGCGCCGUCGGCCCUGCCGCGCUCACCGACCCCCUUCCCGCAGUUGACGAGGAGGUGGGAAUUGAUGGGUGGAACACUAUGGACAAUUGCUAUGCCUUUCUGUACUCCAAGGAGGAGGGGGGCAAGAAGAAGCGCAUUUUAGUGAAAUGUCUAGUGAUUGAUGACUUCCUUGCUAUUGAUGCGCUGGAUCUUGAGGCACAACACAAGGAACCCUGCAAUGUCCAGAUAAAUGUGAAGGAUUUCUUCUCUGAAGAACAGCCGAAGAAUUAUAAGGAUAUGUACAAGAAUUUUCCGGGCUUCAUUAACACCCUUAACUCAAGCUUAUUAGUUGAAUUGGAUGGUAAGGCUGCUGCUGCUGCUGCUGCCCAGAAGCCUGAUGUUGAGAGCAGUUCAUCAAUAAACAGUUCUGAAAAUGUUCUGCGGGAUACAAGGACUACUGAACCUGCUGGCCUGAUAUAUCCUCCAGUAGCUCCGUUUGGUCAUGAUGACACCUUCCGUGCUCCUGGUGCAGGCUUCUACCCUCACAGUGGUGGGCCGGGUGGUAGUAUGCACGUUGGCCCAAAUGAUCCACGCUUCUUUCCUUCAAAUCCUUUUCCCGCUCCUUUUGGUGGUCCUGGGAGUGUUCCACCUGGCGGCCGUUACGAUCCAAUCGGCCCGCCAGAUGUUCCAGGAUUUGAACCAUCUCGCUUUGUGAGGCGUCCGAGGCAUCCAGGUGGAAGCACUCACCCAGACCUCGAGUUCUUCCAGCAAGGCCCAGACUUCUGA